AUGCCGCCCUUCAAAGAUGAACAGCUCAUCAUCAUCGCGCCCGGCUCGCACACCACCCUCGCCCAGCUCGGCCUUCCUGAGUCGCUCACUCCCGCCCGCCUGCGCAUCAAGUCGCGCAUGUUCGCUGCCGAGAAGGAUGGAGAAUGGGAGCCCUACAAGGUCCGCAGAAAGGACGGCGCCAAGCUUGACGCUGCCGACGCGCAAAAGGCUGAGUCCGACGACGAUGUAAUCUACGAGGAGGACCACGAUUCCGACGAGGGCGCCGUGUGGCCAAUGGUCGAGGGCCGCAUCGUCAAUUGGGCUUGCUUUUUCGCCCUCAUGACCCACGUCUACAACACUCUAAACCCGCCUUUUCAUACGCCCAUCCUGCUGGUUGGCCAGCCGGCGUGGACUCCCAAGGAGAAAGAGAGGCUCACUCAGUUCUUCUUUGAGAAGUUCAAGAUGCCCGCUUUUACCAUCAUGGACUCGGCAACCGCCAUCGCCUAUGCCUACGGCACUCAGAGCGCCACCGUUGUCGACGUAGGCUACCAAAAGGCCGAUGUUACUGCCAUCAGCGACUUCAUAAUGCAUGAGACUGGCAGGGCCAUUUCUGUGUCCGAAUGUGGAGGAGACGCCAUGACGCGGCGGCUUCUGGAACUGCUGAAGCCCAAGGGUUUCAACUGGGAAAUGUGCGAGCAGUUGAAGAAGAAUGCCAUCUGUGAAAUCCUACCCCCGAACACCCCACUGCCAGGCUCCGGAGAAAACAGUGGCGACGGUGUCACGAAUCCUGCUGCUGCGGCAUCGACUGGUGCGGCAAGCUCCGGUCCUGAUGCCGCCGCCACCAUUGGCAACGCUCCCCGCGGUCCUGGCGCCGAUACUGAGGUUGGCGAUGAAGCGAAGGAAGACGAAGAGAGCGAGGGUGUACUCGAUGUGGCGAGUAUCGUCACAAGUGGCAAGAUGAACGAGCUCUUGGCCAAGAAGGAGAAGGAGAAGCAAGAAAAGGCUGCGGCGAAGAAGAAGGGUGCUGAUGCUGCCAAGGAGGCGGCGAACAAGCCAGUGCGCUUGCCGAAUGCCAAACGAGAAAAGGCAACAUUCUUGUACGAGGACCAUGCUCUGCUCAAUGCCCUCAAGGACACUACCAGUGGCCAGCAGUUGGCGGACGCGGCAGCAGCACUAGACGAAGGUUCCCACCGGAAGGCAGACAAUGAUGGCGAUGCGAUGACGGGCGUCGAGACCAACGGCACAGCAUCUGCACCUUCCGGCACUCGUGGUCCGAUCCGUCGAGAAAUCGAGGUUGGGGUGGAGCGCUUCCAGGCCGCAACUGGUGGUAUUUUGGAGUGUUUGGCGGAUACCAUUCAUCGCACAGUCUCCGCCGUAGACGAGGUCAACAAGCGUAGCGAGCUAUGGGAUUCUCUGAUCAUUGUCGGAAACGGAGCCAGGAUUCGAGGAUUCAAGGAGGCUCUCGUUGCGAUGCUUCACACCAAAUAUCUGAUCUCUCCUUCAUCGGCAACCAUCUUCACAUCCGAGCUUCCCUCGAAUCUCUCGACUCCCACGGCAACGGGCGCGAAUACACCCCAGCAUCCAGGACUUGGCCAGCCGACGGGCAGCGGAGUCAACCCGCUGCUUUACGCAGCUACAACAGCACAAAACCCGCAGAUGAUGCAUGCCAGCCAAGGCUCAACACCAGGCCCGAUGAGCGGAAUGCACUCGCACAACACGCACUCGGGCCACGGACAGUCGCCGACCAGCAUCAAGCUGGUCAAGGCGCCAGAAUACUUCCCGGAGUGGAAGGAUGUCGGCAUGGACGAGGCGGUGUUCCUCGGAGCGCAGGUGGCAGCAAAGGUGCUCUUCAUUGUAGACCAAGGACUGGGCCAGGGCUACAUGACGAGGACGGACUACAACGACCAGGGACCGUCGGGAAUCAGAGACGUUUGCAUGUAA